AUGACGCGAAGGGGACACUCCAGAAUGCUCAAGCCAACAACUCAUGUCUUCGCUGGCGAGAUAUCAAGGGCCAAGGUUCCACCAAAUGUUUACAUCUGGGGCUGGCUCGCGGCCGAGGAAUACUUCCGCUUGAUGAAACUGCACGAGUUUCUCACCGCAUCUCCUGGAUCGGCUGCCGGAAGGAUCGCUUCGGUUCCAACGACUAUUGGCUUCGAUAUCGAUGCGCUGAGCCGGUUACGGACUGCGGAGCAAUCUUUGCUUGUAGUUUUCGAAAAGAGAAUCGCGGCUCUCGAGGCUCAACACAAGCCGAAGCCACCCAACGAUGACACGGACGCAAACAACCGUCCGCCUCGGGCUCAGACAGCACCGGAUGGGCGUAACCCAGCUCCUAUUACGCGCCCCGGUGCCAGAGACGUUAGCACGACAAGGACGCCGCCGCCGCCACCACCACCACCAGCGACUAUGCCGGCUAACCACAAGAGGACACGACCAGCGCAGCCUCAACAACCACGGGCUGGGAAUGGGCGAAGGACUUCUGAGUCUGACAACUCGGACGCCUCGCACCUACUCGGAGACCAAUACCAGCCCAACUAUGGAACCGCCAGCAGCACCCACAACGCGCCCCAGCCAGACCCAGAGGAGCUUCGACGUCAGCGAGAAAAUCUGGAGCGAAUUUGCGCUGAGACGAAUGAGCAACUAAUCCCCGUCUCCCAACCGAGCGCCCUCCCCGAAGUCACCGAACAGCCCUCCAAGAACGACGAAUACGCACACCUCUUCAACGAGCGCUUCAAGUCGAUACGGAGCCAGCGCCCAUCCUCCGCGGGUAACGACGAUGACGACGAGACAACAUGGCUCGAGAAUGCCAUGGGCAACCAGGGCGAGGAUGAGCUGGAGCAGAUUAAGCCGGCCAAGGGGAAGCUGACGAUUCAGUUCGGUCAGCGGUAG